AGGAAUGUGAUACUACAGUCACUCUGCUCUGGCUCCGGAGCUGCACGGACACAAGGGAAGCAGCAAAGCGACCACCACCCCCUGGAUUAAUAUCUAUACCUCAGCACAGAACCGUGCAGCAACUAACAUCAUCCAGGGAGCAAAGGGUUAAAUGGACCUUCACUGCCCGGGAAAGGGCUGUCUAUCACCUUCCUGCUGCUGCUGCACCCACUGUCACCACGGAACAUGGGGAAUACAGCCCAGAAAACCCUACCAGAUACAAACCAUCUCAGUCGUCCAGUGGUCAAUAGACCUUGCUACACAUUUCUCAACUGUGGCCAGGAAAGGAGGAUGGUUCUAUCCAGAACAGAGCCUCCUCGCUUCCACUUGCAAGCCAAGGGCAAGAAUAUUCGCCUGGACACUCAUGGGCGAAAAGCCAUUAGACGAAAUAGCUUUUGUAAUGGGAUCACUUUUACAAGUCGACCCAUCCACCUAUAUGAGAAGGUGCGCCUGAAGUUGGUUUCUGUCCACCAUGGGUGGAGUGGGGCAUUGCGGUUUGGAUUCACCAUCCAUGAUCCAGCACAGAUGAAGUCAGAGGAUAUACCCAAAUAUGCAUGCCCAGACUUAGUUACAAGGCCAGGAUAUUGGGCUAAAGCUUUGCCAGAAAGGUUUGCUCAGCGAGAUAAUAUUUUGGCUUUUUGGGUUGACCGACAUGGAAGAGUAUUCUAUAGCGUUAAUGAUGAAGAGCCCAUUUUAUUUCAUUGUGGAGUAAAAGUAUCAGGCCCGUUGUGGGCCUUGAUUGAUGUGUAUGGUAUCACCCAAGAAGUGCAAAUACUAGAUAGCAUGUUUGCAGAGACCAUGCCUUCAGGCCGCCUUAGCAGUCCUCGGCUGAGCACGUUUUUACCCCAAACAAGCCAUGAUUCUGCCAACUUCAACAACAAUGAACUGGAGCAUAACCAAGUGGUGGCCAAAAUUGCUAAUCUGAACUUAAACCGUGGGCCGUCUCAGACAGAUAAUCACUCUAUACCUUGCUGUACAAAUAGGAGGCAACGAACACCAGCCAUACCCACUUUACUAGACAUGGAACUUCAUUUUCACCACACUCGGGGUGCAGACAUCACUCUGUCUCCUGACCGAACAGUAGCGUACACCAACUGGCAAGAGAGCAAACGGACGAUAGUCUUUACUGACAGGUCAGUGCACAUUGGUGAGACUCUCUUUGUAGAGACUGGACAACUGCCACUGCCAUAUUAUGGUUCCCUCUCUUUUGGUAUCACAUCUUGUGAUCCAAGUAUGUUACGGACCUGUGACCUCCCAUCCAACCCUGAUUACCUUUUGGACCGGAAGGAGUACUGGGUGGUUCACCAAGGGUUGUUUACAAUAAGCAAUGGAGAUAUCCACAGCUUUUCAUUUUUACCCAGCGGUGAGGUUCAUCAUGGUAUUAAUGGGAACAGUCGUGGAAUGCUAAUGUUUGUGGACAUAUCACAGCCGCUAUGGGUGUUUUUCAUUAUUCAUGGGAUUGUCAACCAGUUAAAGAUUAUGGGUACAGUCCAGUCCAAUGUUCUAUCUCCAUCUGGUUCUCCUAAUGGCUCACCAUACGACAGUGAUUCAGAUAUGGCCUUCAGUGUGAACCGCUCCUCUUCGGCCUCAGAGUCUUCCCUAGUAACUGCUCCUAGUUCUCCUUUGAGUCCACCUGUAUCUCCAGUGUUUGCACCACCAGAACCACAGGGAAGUAAAGAUGGCGAGUGUGCGGUUUGCUUCGAUAACGAGGUUGAGACAGUGAUCUAUACUUGUGGACACAUGUGCCUGUGCAGUAACUGUGGGUUGAAGCUGAAGAGGCAGGUCAAUGCUUGCUGUCCCAUCUGCCGGAGGGUCAUUAAAGACGUCAUCAAAACCUACCGAACCUAAAAGUGUGUCUGUCUGAUCCACGGACUCUGUGGCCUUGCAGGGAUAUUUUUAUGCUGACUUUUCAGAAGACAAAAUGAGGAGUUUAAUCAGGGAUGUUCCCUUUUGGAAUCUGUACUUUCUUAUUUGGCUCUGGGAUGUCAUUACAGACCUGAUGCAGCAGCAUAAGCACGUUCUAACGUUCUUACGGCCAGUUAAACAUAAACUAUCUUGAAUAUCGUUUUGUAAGGGAGUUGGUAUUUCAGAGUGGUUUCUUUAUCAUAGUGAUUUGUGCAGAACUGUUGAAAUGAAUCCUUUUCUCAGGUGUGAAAUUAGACCAAAAUAUUUUCACUUAAAACCCUUUUGAUGUAAAUGUUCUACUAGGAAAAGUGGUAAGAAAUAAAGGUAACUGUGCCUUGUUAUUAUUGCAUUUAAGGCACAUGAUGACUGGCAAGGUCCCUAGCACUAUGUAUACCAUAAUAUAAAGCCAAUCACAUCUUUGCAUUUCGACAUCACUUUCGUGUUGUAGUUUGUGAAAUGCAACAACCGUUGGCAAUCGAAGUGUAUAGCCAUCUAAUUGUCAUUAAAACCCCAAAGACACAAAUAAAAGCAAACAGCAGCAUAACAUUUGUUAAUUUGAUUACUGAAAAGUUCAUAUAAUUAUUACCAAGAAAAUCAGCCUUGGUUAUCUUAGUGCUGCAUUAUAAGGUACAUGGAAAGUGUAUAUUAACUGCAAAAAUUGAGUGUUGGGAUUAAGAAAAUUUGAUAAUAAUUUUCAUGGGCAGGCUGAACUAUCCUGCAAAUUUAAAUAACUUUGAAGGUUGAACUCAGUAGGCUUUUGUCUUCUCUCAAUCUCAUCUACCAUGUUACUAUAUAGUUAGUCAGCAGACACACUCGUCUCCAUUCCAGGCAUUAUCCUGCAAGUGCAAAGCCACUAAUUAUUAACUACAUAUAGUCAAAACAAUAAUAGUAAUAGUUUUUUAUGCACAACUAACUUAUUUCACAAAAUUAAAUAUGGCUAUUAAAAACUGCAUUUUUUACUUUUGAGUAGUUGCAUAACUAAAACCACCAACACAUGAAAAGGAACUGACAAAAAUAACACAAACAGACACUGUACAACAGCACAAGACAGUACAGGAAACGUAAGCAGGGGCCAGUAUUCCGAAGAACACACAUCACAUCUGCACAUCAUGCAUACGCCCCCACCAGCAGGAACAGGCAGCAUCAGGUUAACCCAGCAUAAACUGGCAGGAGGCAGAAUGUUAGCCAUAUUUCGUAUGGUGCAGAAAGCCUAUUAUUUGCUUGUCUGUAUAAACGAGUAACAAGUUGCAAUCCCUUUAAAUCAGACUAAGCUCAGGGGAACUGCACCCAGCCCAGCCUGCCCAUGAUGUAGAUGUUGGAGGUUCUAACACUGGUGCGUUAUGUAAACAGCAGAAAAUAUUGAUCAGACUUAAAGGGACAGUCUACUCCAGAAUUGUUAUUAUUUAAAAAGAUAGAUAAUCCCUUUAUUACCCAUUCCCCAGUUUUGCAAAACCAACUGUUCUAUUAAUACACGUUUUACCUCUGUGAUUACCUUGUAUCUAAGCAUCUACAGACUGCCCCCUUAUGUCAGGUCUUUUGAAUUUUAGCCAAUCAUUGCUGACUCCGAUAACUCCACGGAAUGAGCACAAUGUUAUCUAUAUGGCACACAUGAACUAGCGCUGUCUAGCUGAUAAAAACUGUCAAAAUUAACUGAGAUAAGAGGCGGCCUUAAAGGGCUUAGACAUUAGCAUAUGAACCUACCUAGGUUUGGCUUUCAACAAAGAAUAUGAAGAGAACAAAGCAAAUUUGAUGAUAAAAGUAAAUAAGAAAGUUGUUUAAAAUUGUAUGCCUUAACUGAAUCAUGAAAGCUUAGUUUUGACUAGACUGUCCCUUUAUGGCACAUUUACCUAAAGGAAAAGAACAGUAAGAUAUUCACAAGAUGCCUUGCUAUCAUGGUCAAACGUUAAUGAGAAGGAAAAUGUCAAACUCUGAAUCAUGUUUGCUGGCUGAUUAUUUUUUAUUUAGCUGUUCAUUACAUUUCAAUACCAUGUCUAGUCCAUAUGUCGGUAAUUGGAGGAAGAUCACCAUUUAUUUUUGGUUUUAUCUUUCUAUCUGUCUUGUGCUGCAUCUCAUACCUUGCAGCAAACUAGUAACCAUUCCUUCAGCAUAUUCUCUACGCCCUUUGUGCUUAUAUAUGCCAUAUUAAUUGAUAUAUCUGUUACUGUGGCUUAGAGAAUGUCUCAUAUAUUCCCACUUCCCACAUUGUUUUUGAAAGGUGGUAUCUAUACAUAGCCACAGAUACUGACUUAACCUUUUGGUUUUACAUCAAAAGCUCCCACGCUUCAUUAAAUUGUGUUCUACGAAUUAAAGCCUAGAUAAGAACUGGCAUAAGGUUAUUAGCAGAUGUUGUGAUGUUAAUAUCAAAAGAGACAUGCUCUCAAGCAUUGUGUGUGAGUCUAGUUCUAUAAGUACCAAAGCCAUAACAUAUUUUUCAGUUGCCUCCUUGGUAAUGAAAACUGUUGGCUCUGAGUGCCAGCUUGGUUGUGCUGCUGUGUGGCGCCAGUAAUUAGUAAACUAAUGACUGAAGCUCAGUUCUGUGCUGAUGGUGUAUAUAGCCCCUGUUUCUACAACAAUAUAAUACAACACUUAAGCACAGGAGGUAACCGUGUAAACAACAGAAACCUUGCAGGAGGCCUGCAUGCCUCCGUGCUAUGGCGCUGCCUCUUAAUUGAUUCUAAUAGCCACCUUUGUUUAAAAUUAUUUUUGCAAAAAUGUAAAAUGGUUUCUUCUUCGUGGUGCACUAAUAAUAAAAAAGCUUGUCCAACUUAA